UGUCGUAUCGCUAUUCUCUCUCUGUCUUUCCUCUCCUGUCUGAUCUCUCUCAGAGUUAGUCUAAUGGAGACGGAGUAUCAGCUGAAGACAGAAGGUUCUAAUGUUGCAGGGCCAAGGUACGUGAGGCCAAUCCAGAUAUCUCUUCGCCUUCUCUCUCUCUUUACCACAUUAGCAGCAACCAUUGUAAUGGCCCUCUCCAAAGAGACCUCCAUCAUUCCUCUGGUUCUCUCUCCCCUCCUCCCACCCAUUCAGGUCGUUGCUCCUGCCAAGUACCACUAUUCCUCUGCUUUUGUAUACUUCGUGGUGGUGAACGCCAUCGCCUGCGGGUACGCCGCUGUCUCUCUUAUCACGGGGUGCUCCAAGAAGGCGUCGAUGUCGCAGAAUUUCAUGGCGGCGUUGUGCAUCAUUGACGUGAUCAUGGCGGCCCUGGUUUCUACUGGUACUGGUGCAGCUGCAGCCAUUGGGGUUGUGGGGAUGAAGGGGAACUCUCACCUGAACUGGAACAGGAUCUGCAAUCACUUUGGGAGGUUCUGUUCUCAAGUAGCAGCAGCCAUCGGAGUCUCCAUUAUCGGAAUCUUGGCCUUCCUUCUCCUGGCACUUGUGUCCAUUGCUGCUCUUCGCAAAAGAUCUCGGUGAAAACCACCAAAUAAUCUCUUGUUCUUAAUCGUGUUGCGGACUGAAUCCUACAAAUAGCAAGAUAUUCGUAGCCUUCAACCAUUGAUAGUUCUUUUUCCUUUUUUUCCUGUAAACAGUUUAUCAUUUCAUG